AUGGCUUCAAACAGACUUGAGUAUCUCACACAGGAGCAGAUCGAUCAGUUUGACAGGGAUGGGUAUUUGUGCAUUCGGGAGUUCCUGACGCCCGCGGAGACAAUUGCGUUGCUUGACAGAGCGAGACAGCUCCUUGACGAGUUCAAUAUUGAAGAUCAUCCAAAGACGAAAUUCACGACGGGAGAGGAUAAUCACGUCGGAGAUGAUUAUUUCCUUACGUCUGGCGAUAAGAUCCGGUUCUUCCUGGAAGAAGACGCGGUUGAUCCUCAGGGCAGGCUCACGCGAGGGAAGAGUAAAGCUGUCAAUAAAAUCGGACAUGCUUUGCAUGAAUUGGACCCUGCGUUCAGGAAAGUGACGCUUGAGAAUGAACGGGUGAAGGCUCUUGUCCGUGAUUUGCGGUUUCAUAAGGACCCAGUCGCUCAAACUGGUCUAUCGCCAGUUAGCGAACAUAAUGAUUCGACGUUCCUAUAUACGGACCCACCUACAGCUCUUGGUUUCUGGUUCGCGUUGGAGAAGUGUACACCGGAAAACGGGGCCUUGUCCUUUCUUCCAGGGUCGCAUAAGAUCACACCGAUAACGAAGCGCUUCGUCCGCCUUCCAGGUGGCGGGACCGGUUUCGAGGAACUAAUACCGAGUGCCCAAGUUCCCCCACGACCAGAAGGGAAAUACAUUCUAGAAACUUGUGAACCUGGUGACCUCGUUAUCAUUCACGGAAGUGUACUGCAUAAAUCCGAACGGAACACGAGCCCCUUCACGCGAUUUGCGUACACGUUCCACAUGAUUGACUCACCGCCAUAUGCAGCGUAUGAUGAGAAGAAUUGGCUCCAGCCAACGAAGGAAAUGCCCUUCUCGAAAGUACUGGCGUAG